ACGCCGGAUAUCCGGUUCCUUCGGGCGCUAAGGGAGCUGACGGAGAGGGCCGCCGCCCAGCAGUAGACGCUGUCUCAGCGAGCCGAGUCGCAGUUUCCGCGGUGUGUGAGUGAGCCCGGGCUCUGUCCCCUCUCCCGCCGCCGCCAUGGGCUGCACGUUGAGCGCCGAGGACAAGGCGGCGGUGGAGCGGAGCAAGAUGAUCGACCGCAACUUGCGGGAGGACGGGGAGAAAGCGGCCAAAGAAGUGAAGCUGCUGCUACUCGGUGCUGGAGAAUCUGGUAAAAGCACCAUCGUGAAACAGAUGAAAAUCAUUCAUGAGGAUGGCUAUUCGGAGGAAGAAUGUAAACAAUAUAAAGUAGUUGUCUACAGCAAUACCAUACAGUCCAUCAUUGCAAUCAUAAGAGCCAUGGGACGGCUAAAGAUUGACUUUGGGGAAGCUGCCAGAGCAGAUGAUGCCCGGCAAUUAUUUGUUUUGGCUGGCAGUGCUGAAGAAGGAGUCAUGACUCCAGAACUAGCAGGAGUGAUUAAACGGUUAUGGCGAGAUGGUGGGGUGCAAGCUUGCUUCAGCAGAUCCAGGGAGUAUCAGCUUAAUGAUUCUGCUUCAUAUUACCUAAAUGAUUUGGAUAGAAUAUCCCAAACCAACUACAUUCCAACUCAGCAAGAUGUCCUGCGGACAAGAGUGAAGACCACAGGCAUCGUGGAAACGCACUUCACCUUCAAAGACCUAUACUUCAAGAUGUUUGAUGUAGGUGGCCAGAGAUCAGAACGCAAAAAGUGGAUUCACUGUUUUGAGGGAGUGACAGCAAUUAUCUUCUGUGUGGCCCUCAGUGAUUAUGACCUUGUUCUGGCUGAGGAUGAGGAGAUGAACCGAAUGCAUGAAAGCAUGAAACUGUUUGACAGCAUUUGUAACAACAAAUGGUUUACAGACACUUCAAUCAUUCUCUUCCUCAACAAGAAAGAUCUUUUUGAGGAAAAAAUAAAGAGGAGUCCAUUAACUAUCUGUUAUCCAGAAUACACGGGUUCCAAUACAUAUGAAGAAGCAGCUGCUUAUAUUCAGUGCCAGUUUGAAGAUCUGAACAGAAGAAAAGACACCAAGGAGAUCUAUACUCACUUCACCUGUGCCACAGACACCAAGAAUGUGCAGUUUGUUUUUGAUGCUGUUACAGAUGUCAUCAUUAAAAACAACUUAAAGGAAUGUGGACUUUACUGAAGAGGGUUGGAGAUUAAUGAAAGUUAUUACAGUGUGGAGUGUUGAGACCAGACUUCUUUUGCUGUCUCAUUGGGCAGCUGCAAGCAUGAACGGGACCAGGGAAUGGCAGCAGCAUGCAGAAUCUUAGCACUCUUUAGCACAAUCUUCUGUAUUAGGGAACUCUUAAUUGACAUGAGAUGCUAAAGUCAGACAUUGGAAUUGGAACGACUGUAUAAAGUAUGAUUCGAUCAUCAAGACAUCACUUGGAUUUCAUAAUCUCAAAUGUUUAGGGCCGAUGUGAAGUUGAGGUGCUGCAUUCCAGAACUUUACUAUGUAGCUUACUCUUUUUUUUCCUUCUUAACAAACCACCACUAGUUCAUUUUUAAAGUUUUUUUUUUCAUCAAGAGAAUAAUGUUACUAAAUUUUAUUUCUUUGUUUGCAAGAGAAUCUUUAUUAAAACACAAUCUUAACUAUGCACAUGAUGUGACCAGAUCAUCUUGAAAAUACUCCUCUUAGUAGGAGCUCUUUGUUUUUAACUUUUGGUAUGGUCAGCACAUCGUAUUUCCAUAAUUACUUAAUUCUUUAUGGUUAUUGGGGCUAUGACUAUAGCUUUUUUGGAUGAAAUUUAUGUUACUCUCCUGCUCAAAGUACCAUCAUGGUUUUUAAGUGGUAAUUACAUUGGAGAGUUCUGUAAUAAGAUUCUUACUCUCUAACUUUUAUUUAAGUUUAUGGUUUAAGGUUAACCUAGUUUAUGCUGAUUACCAAAUUACUAGGUAAAUGCUGAUGUAGGAUGUAAAGUUAGUUUCUUGGAUACGGACACACCCAGGGCAGCUGUCAAUUAGAAAUGCAAAUUGCAAAAUUCCAAACAGAAACCGUGACUUUGCUGCUACAUAUCUACUAAAUUGACCACUUUGGUUCUUGCUUGUUUGUCUCAGUCAUAGGGAGUUCUGUAAAAGAUGCCCCUUGUUUUCCAUCUUCCAUGGCCUUUUCUGUUGGGAAACAUCUAAAGUGUAUUAACAGUGCAUGCUUUUACUUUGUAAAUGUGGUGCCAAAUCCCUGUUUGCCAUUGUUUUUAUUGUAGCAAUGUUAAUUGUAGUAAUCCUUAGUCAGUACCUUCUUUUGCCGAAACUCCUGCAUUUUGGGACUUUUUCCACUAUGUUGUAUGUACAGAUUUUAAUCUGUUAUAGUUGGCAGCAGUAUUAAAAUGGUGAGUAAAGAGUC